AUGGAGACUCUACCCCUCGAGUUGCGCGAAGAAAUCUUUCUGUACUUGCUUCCGCGCAUAUGCCGGACCCAAGUCGUAAGCGUACCGGUCUCGUCUAAAGCAGAAAGGACCGACAUCUACAAUCUGCGACUAACAAGUCGGCGCGUCAACACAGGAGCAUCGCAAGCUUUCCUGGCGGUUAUUGGUGAUAUUCCAACGGGGUGCAGGGAGCAGAGUGUCCAGAACUUGACCAACCUCGUAGGGCUUGCGGAUGUUGGCAAUCACAUUACGUGCCUGGCGUUCAAUACUUGCAAGCUGUACAUCACAGAGAAGCAAACAUUGAGGCAGAUCAACCAAACAUGCUACGACCGUUGUCAAUGGAUUGCCAAGAGUUUCUGCAGCGAGGUGCUCGCCAUACUGCGCAAGACGUCACGCCUCAGACAUCUCAUAUGUCUGCCCGAGGCAACGCGAGGGUCCGAAGUGCUUCGGUUUGGAGUUGGGCACAUGGUUCUUUUGGAGGUCAUUGUAAAGGAUAUGUAUGAUCCCAUGCAAUACAUCCAGGAGGCACUCGAAGCAACCGCACUUAACGAAACGCUGGAAACCUUGACUGUACUGACCGCCUCUUUCGAGGGAUUUCUAGAAGAGCCCACAUCGCUGAGAAAAGCAAAGCCUCUACAUCUACCAAAACUAAAGCACCUGACACUCAGUCCAUCAUACCACGACAUCUCACGAUUCGCAGUCUACUGCCCGAACAUUACUUCCUGGCACACUGUUCUCGACAGCCGAGCCGAAACGUUCGAUCUGAUCCCAUCGCAAACAGCGGGCGACUCCAUCCAAAUGGACUCAAGUCUGCGCUCGUACACCAUCAGCGCCAAAGGCCAAUAUAUCCAGACGAGCACUCUGGUUAGGUCUAUUGCCGCUGCAACCGACCGUUUCGCGUCUAUCCCAAUACUCGUAGUGCGCGACUUGAUUAUACUGUUUGACAUCAACUACGAUGUUCAUCCUUUGCCGGGAGAGGGUCGAUUCAAAGAGCUGGUUUUUGAGAAUUCGAAGUAUUGUUGUACGGACGAAAUCACCUUGAGCGGCCCGAGCGAGCCAAAAGAGCUUGAUAGCAAAUGGAGAGCUCUUCCUCGGCUGUGUGAGCGAGCAGGGCGCGUUCGUUUGAAGACGGGUAUGGUCGAUAGAGUCAUUGAACGAUCAGAGUGGCAAGGAGUAGCGUAA